AUGACAUUCGGUGUGCGUGUCAUCAGAGGGCAUGAUAAAGAUAUUCAAGAAAUACGACAAUUAGAAGACGCUAUAUUUUCCUGGCUUAAAGAUAUACCUGUAUAUCCAAAUGAAAACCCACAGGAUAAAUUGAUUAGAGAAGAUAUUGUCAAAAAAUUAGCAGAAACUCUUAGUAAAUUCAAUGAUGCGGACUUUGCUAUUAAGGGAAAAGAAGAAAUUAGACGAGCAAUAGAUAAAAUGCCGAUGUGGUACCCGAAGGGAGAAGAAGAACGAGAGAAUUUAAAAAACGAUAUUAUAGACAACCUGUUAGAAAAAAUAAAAAGCGUUCAAGAAAUGAAAAUGUUUAAUCAAGCUACACGAGACUAUUUUGAUAACAUUAAGUUUGGAAAGGAAGUCGAUACAGAACAAGCAUUAGAUGAUAUUAUUAAAGAAUUAAAUAAAAUAGCACUUAAUAAACCAGAAAAUAAUGAAGUAUACAGAGAUCUGUUAAAAAUGAAGGCGUUUGAAGUACUGGAUGGACUUGAAAUUAUAAGUAACGGAAAUAAAUACGAAUAUUUUAAUAAAUUGUCUAACGAGCUUGCAGAUCGCUUAUCAAAUGUAUCUAAAGACGCGGAACAUAAAAGAAACUUGGAUAAAGGUAUUAAAAAUUUGCUUGAUGAAACCGGUGUUCGUAUCAAAGAUAGAGUUAAUGUAGAGGAAAAGUUGCACGUUGUUAUGGCUGAUGUUGCUGCGCAAAAAAUUGACAAAUAUGAAGCUGAAAGAUUGAUGAAAAGUAUACUAGACGGAAAAGUUCCAGAAAGCGAAAUUGAAAAUAUCACUAAUAAGACACUUACAUUGGCAGGAAUAAGUGAAGUAGAUCCAAAAAUCACAGUUAAAGACAUAGGGGACAUCCUUGACCUUUCCAAUGUUCAAAUUAAAGAUAGAGCGAACGUAGAGAAAGAUUUAAGUCAACUCGUGUCAGAUAUAACCACAAAGGGCAUAGAAGAAAAUAAAGCAAAAAGUAUAAUAAAAUCUAUACUCAAAGGAAAAGUUCCAGAAGAUAAACUCAAAGAGAUUACUGAACAGAUACUUUCAUCAGCCACGAAAACUAAACUUGAAUUUAAAUCAACAGAUCCGGAAACUAAAAAAAAUAUAGAUAAACAGAUAAGUGAUAUCCUUUAUCAGUUAGAACCUGAUAUAAAAGACAAACGCAAAGUUGAAGAAAAGUUACAAAGUCUUGUACCCGACAUACUGAUGAAAAGAAUCGGUGCAGACAAAGCUAAACAGUCUAUUAAAAAUAUACUUAAUGGUAAAAUUCCGGAGGGUAAAUUAGAAAAUACCAUACUCAAGGUCUUAGAGAUAGGUAAAAAUAUAGAGGAUAGUCAAAAUGUGAGUACAAGUAUGUAUUGUUCUAACGUCUGCAUGAGGAAAGGAGACAAAGUUGAAGAACAUAUACGUGAUAUUGUAAACGUUCUAGUUAUGCGCGGUUUGGAUAAAUCUAAGGCUCAAGAUUACAUCAAUAGUACGCUCAAGGGAAAAGUACCGGACUGUCAGCUCGAAGAUAUCUCUAAGAAAAUAUUUGCAAUGGCUGAGAAUGCAUCGCGAAGCUAUAGUGAAUACAGCGGCUUCCCAGUUGCUUCUUCAACUCAAAAUGAAGAAAAAAUAUUAUUUGAUCAGGUCUUUGAAGUUAUAAGAGAUUGGUUAAAAAAUUUAAACAUCCGUUUAAGUAAUAAGAAAUUGAAUGAAGUAGCGGAAGCUAUAGCAAAUGAAACUUUAGAUAGGCGGAAAUAUUUGCAGCUAAAUCCAGGAGUAAAAAUCUCAGAAGCUAAGGAAUCUGAAAUAUUAAAAGAACAAAUUUAUAAGGUUCUGAACAAUUUAAUAGAUAAAAAAUUGGUGCAGUCAAUUAUGACACAAACUGAUGAUUUAAUGAAUUCUCUAAAACAAAUUCUAGGAAAGGACUAUAGUCAGGAUUCACAAAUAACAAAGACUUCUUUCAUGUCUUCAACAAAUCAUUUAAAUGACAUUGUCAAAGAUUGGUGUGAUGCAUUGCCGCUUUCAGAUACAAGCGGGGCUUUUCGAAUAAAACAAGAACUUGCUAAUAGAAUAAUAUUAAAAGUGGGUGAAAUAAAUAUGAACCAAGAUAUAUUUAAUGACGAUUCGUUAUAUGAUGAAAUACUGCAAGAUUUUAUUGAUCAGCGGGUAAAUGAGUUGCCAAUGGAAACGCAUAUUACUGACGGCAGUAUAAAAGAACUCAUUGAUCAAAUUAAACAAAUUAAACAAAAAGUACACGACGAUUUUAUUGGAAAAAAAUACAAGCAACAACUUCGCGACACUAUAUCAAAUGUCUUGCCUUCAAUAGCUUGCCCAACGGCAGAGGACCUGGCAUCGUUCGAGUUGAUGAAAGAGAAUCUUGCAGAUGCUUUUAUCAACCUAAAUUAUUCAGUAGAAUGUGACACAGCUAGGGCUAAAUUUAAACGCAGAAUAAUGGAUGAAAUCAACAAAUACAGUAAUGACUAUUUGAAACGGUGUCCAGCAACUCCCGUUAAUACAAGAAAGCUUAACGAGGACUUGUAUAAUGCUUUAAAGAAUGUGCCAGUACCCGGCGAUGAAUCAAUGCGAACUGAAGUAGAGUCUGUACGAAUGAAAGACGUUAUCAAUGAGUGGCUUAAAACAUUGCCUAUGAGUAGACAAUCUAUAUCGGAACAAUUACAUACGAGUAAAGUAGUAACACUGAUGGCGCAAAAACUGCAAGAAUUAGAGAACGAGUUUCACCCCGAUUUUGAAGAUAUCGCAGUAGCAACGAUUGCCACAUACCUAAAGAAGCUUCCUUUAAAGAAUAAAAACAAUCUACGAGAGAUGGCUAAGAAAUUGGUCGACAAGAUAAAAAAUACUGCUGAAUCAAGAGCAUUUGUUGAAGGAAUGAGAUCUAAACUCACUAAUGACUGUUUAUGUGAAGACUUUGCACUGCCGCGCGUUCCAAGGGGAUUUAGCUACCCGUCCUGUGCAUCUUUUAUCCCUCCUUGUGGAUUAAGCAAAGAAGACCAGGAAAAAAUGCAACGAAUAAGAGAGCGGGCUGUGCUUUGUGAAGCUUGUACACAAUCACGACAAUGUAGAGAUGCCGCUGUGAAUCCACCGCCCUUGAAUCGCGAGAGUCAAACAGACAUGCCUUGUAACAACAAUAAAUCUUGUCAACAUGCAGAGAAGCCUGAACAAAUGUGCUCUAAAUCUGCUGUACAAACCAAACGAAUGCCAAUCAGCACUCGUCCUUGCCCAUCGACUGAAGGCCAGGCUGACUGCUCCCCAUACGUCGUAGUGAAAGAAUAUUAUUUGGAUUUGAACUCAGGUAACAAGGUAGAAAUCGCAACUCAAACUCCCGUUGAAGAAUCUGGCAGAAUAUGUAUACCUUCGUCAUUCUUAAAUACUGAACCCGUAUGUCGCCCCCGGUCCUCGCUAACAUCACGAAGAGUUCCUGUUAAACCACGCUCACGCCCAGAAGCUUCUUGUCAAAGACCGACGCCAAGAAGACAAUGCACUAGCGCAUGCCCAAACGAAUUCUUAAACCGUCCAAAACACUGUCAGAGAUCUGCAUGCCCAAAUGAAUUCUUAAACCGUCCGAAACACUGUCCGAGAUCUUCUCCCGUGCCAGAUUAUUUAAGAAGUAGUUGCAGACGUGUUGGACCAAGUUGUGGUCGAAUGAAGUCACCUUGCUUGUCUUGUAAAAGAAAUCCUACGACAAUCUGUGAUAAAUGCUUCCCGAUGCAUAUGUGUCCACAUCCUACGUGUCUUUAUUUUAAAUGACCGGUAUUUUUGUCUUGUUUUGUUUAUGUUACGCGAGUU